UUUUGUCAACCGCUGUACUGUACUGUACCUUGCAGCAAUGGUCGGCAGCAGAAGCGGAAGGUUUUCGCUGCUUGUCGCGACCGCAGCUGCUGCGCUGGCGGUGGCUUGCAGCUGGCAGUCCCAGGGGGUCUCUGCCGCCGGAUUCAACUACACUGAGGCGACCGUGUACUACAAUGCUGCGCAGGACGCCUUCACCCUCACGGUCGGCGUGCUGGACUUGAAGAAUGGCAUUGUUGCGGCGACUUUCAACGACUCGAUGAACAUUGACGGCUGGGGCACCCUCCGCAUCGAGCAGACAGACCGCUUGGUCAACCACGACUCGCUCAAGGCCUUCGGAACAGGCUUCAUCGAGGGCGCCCUCACUGCGGAUCGCAUCUGGCAAGCGCACGUCAACCUCAAUGCGCGGUGGGGAUUCAACGACACUGCCGGGUACCCGCCGUACCUCAUCGAGUUCUUUGAGGAACAGUACGGAUUUAUGCGCAACAGCACGCAGCAAAAUGCGACCGAUCCCUACUGGCAGUACCUCAGCCUGCUGAUGGACCAGUUUGACGGUCUGGGCCAUGGUUACAACAUGUAUGCCGAUAGCGACAAGCGAUUGACCCCGCUGCAACUGUACAUCAUGAACAGCGCGGGCGACAUGGAAGACCUUGUGGGCGGCCUUCUUGUCAAGCAAGGUCUGCCCUACUACCUUGGCAUGACUCGGGACCGCAUGGUUGCGGUCGGAAUGGACCCCGACAACCCACAGCCGCCUGCCGAGGAUGCCUUCCCGUGGGACAAGAUCAUGCAAGAUUGCUCCGUUUUGAUCAAGGUUCUUCCUGGGUUUGAAGAGCUGCUCAUGGCUCAUGCGACUUGGCGUGAUUUUGGCCAGCUCAUCCGCCUGUACAAGUUCUACGACUUUACCUACGACAUGGCCGGUCUGCAAUCUACCACCCUGUCAUUCAGCUCCUCGCCCAGCUUCCUUUCUUCGAAGGAUGACUUUUAUGUGCUGGACAGCGGAAUGGUGGUCAUGGAGACGACCAACAGCAUCCUCGACCAGACUCUCUACCAAAAGCUGAGCCCUCAGACCGUGCUCUGCUGGCAACGCGUCAUGGCGUCGAACGCGCUGGCCGGCACGCCGCAGCACUGGACUGAGAUUUUUGCCCGCUACAACAGUGGCACCUACAACAACCAGUGGCAGGUUGUCCAGAUGGGCAACUUUGAACAAUUCUUUGAGCUGCCUCCCGGCACGUUCUGGAUUAUCGAGCAAAUUCCUGGUACCACUGCCGCGCAAGACGUCACUGGCUUCUUGAACCAGAACGGCUACUGGCCCUCGUACAACAUUCCGUAUUCUCCGAUGAUUUACAAUCUGAGUGGCUACCCCGCGUACUUUGCAAAGUACGGCAACCAGUUCAGCUACACCGAGAACCCGCGCGCGACCAUCUUCCGCCGUGAUCAUAACAAUGUCGUCGAUCUCGAGAGCAUGCAGACUAUUAUGCGAUACAACGAGUACCAGACCGAUCCGCUUUCCCUUGGCGAUCCUGCCAACGCCAUUGCAUCGCGCUACGAUCUGCGCCCCUCUGGUGGCUCUGCAUUUGGUGCGAUUGACGGCAAGAUCACUUCUGUCGAGCUGGCGCUGGAAUAUCUUGGAUGCAUUGCCAUCAACGGCCCGACCGCCCAAACGCAGCCGCCGUUCUCUUGGUCGACCUCACCCUUUGCCGCAAAUACCACCCACCUUGGCCAUCCCGAUACCUUUGACUUCCCCUGGGUGCUGAUGCUUAUUUGAAACAAGUUACUGUUGAGUUUGAGAUUUGGCAAUGAAAACUUUUGUUCUUGUCCAACCCUCUUUUUCAUGAUCUUCAUCUUCAUUUGCGUA